CGCAGACGGUCGGCUUCGUUAGACAGUCUGGCACCAGCAUGUCACGCGGAGCACUCGCUUGGCUGUUUCUUGUGGGCGCGGCACUCGGUUCGCCGUCCUGCCACAUCGCGAGUCGCAAUACGACUGCGUCGGUGACCUGCGCGGACUUUGGCAGCGCCGUGGACUUUGAGCACUAUAUCCAACGACCGUUGUCGCGGCCCAAACUCUCGUUUGUGUUGCGGGACAGUCGGCUAGACCGGUUUCCCGCAGGUGCAUUUGCUGAUGUCAGUGCUACUUCACUCGAGCUCAGUAAUGUCACCGUUGAGGCGUUCGAGUUCACCGAGGAGGAUAAUCCAUUCUCCGGCCUCCGUUCCUCUGUUGAGAACGUGACCUUCAGUGGCCACAGCAGCUUGCCACCAUCGUGGGCCAUACUUGCCGAUAUGGAGAGUCUGCGUUCUCUGACCAUUGUAAAUGCGGUCCUCAAUCUGACAAGUGACUUUGGUUUGCUGCCCAUUGGAAUGCGUCACGUGACCAUCGACACUGCUCUUGUGGGGCACCUGGAUGACUGGUGGCUGGCGGCACUCGCCAACCUGGAGAGCGUGACGUUGCGUAACACGGAUGUGUCCGAGCUGAAGCGCUCCAUCAUGGCACGGCCCGCGGCGUUGCUUCGGAACCUUGACCUGUCCCGAAACCGUCUGACGACAUUGCCUCUCGACUUCGGGGAAGAGCUGCCAGCCCUGCGCAUCCUCGACCUGUCGCACAACCGAAUCACCAGCUUGCUCGAGGUGAGCCUGCUGCCUCUGCAGGCCAGUGUCACCAGCGCCAGCCUUGACGGAAACCCGUUCGAGUGUGACUGCCGGCUGCGGUUCCUGCUCAGCUUCCCGGAUAUAUGGCGCCACGCGGAAUGCGCCGAGCCUGCGGCGCUGCGCAACACGUCGCUCAGCCGAGUGGCAGAGGAGGACCUCCAGUGCGCAGCGGAGAAUGCGUAAAAGUGGAGCCGCAUCAACUGCACGCAGAACGUCGCUGGCUUUCACCGUUUUGACUCUCAUUGUUUCACCAUAGUGUUUUGACUGUGCGCACCAUAAAAAUAUUUUAUUCGCUGUGUAAUAAAAACUUGCACGGCA